CAGUUGUAAACCCUCUGGAGGUCAUCUGCAGCUUUGUACUAAAAUAAACAUAUUCAGUAUCCCUGUUUCUCGACAGCAUUCUGGAAAGAAAAUGAUCAGCCUGAAGUUGCGGCUCCUUUGUUCUCUUGCCUUGUUGCAAGAAGGCUGGGCGCAGCCGGUGCCUGCUUCUCGGGGGAGCACGAGCACGUCCGACGGCGCCGUUGCUUUCGAUGCAGAUGCGGAGUAUAGGCAGUCUUACUGGAACUUCGUGGAGUUUUUUCGGAAUCAGAAUCGCGACGCUCGGGCUAGAAGCCUAUCGCGACUCCGACAACCUCGCGAGGAGAGGGACGUGGUCAGUGACUAUGUCAGAACACGUUGCAGACAAGAGCUCGAUAGAAAAGAUCCCGAUCCCCCCACCUCGCUUGUUACAUCGGAUGUUGCCGACCUGCUCAGUUUCAUCCCGGUGUCGGCAGGGCCGGAACAAGCUGCGGCAGAAAUUGCUAGUAGAGUAGACUUUUUGAUGUUGAUGAAGCCGUGGCGAUUUGUGGUGGGCCGGGACGAUUCUUCUGUGGUCAUCUUCCGAAGCCAGCAGAGCAGGCUGGAAAAUGAACCUGUGACAGACGAAGACGUGUGCGAUCCUAUGACAGCGAAAAACCAAUGUUGGCAUCAGUAGUUUUUUUAGUGUGAGGAGAUCUUCUGCUCUCUAGAUUUUUAUAUUAUGCAAUAGACGAAUUUGCAGAUCAUGAGACGCUCCUGCCCCUGGCGGGUCACGGCUUCCACAGCGCGCUUCUGCAGUUCUUCAAAGACAAAAACGCUGCAGCCGUUGGCCAUUUUUUUAUAAAAUUUCUUCUUCCAGUGGGGAGUUGAUGUGUUGGUAAGAGCAUCGAUAAAAAUUGGAACGAAGCCGCGCGCCACUUCAAAAACGCGAGAAGGGCUCAAAGACUUGUACUUAUACUGACUGCGGGACUUUGUAUAUGCAGGUAUAACUAGAGUAUUAUAUUGGCUCAUGUGCCUCUGCCUGGUAUGCAGCUACUGAUGCAAUUUUUGGCUUGCAUGACAUCUUUCUAUUGGACGCUCGAUAGCCAUAGCCGUUGGUAUCGUCGCCAGCCGUCGCGUUCUAGUCGCCAAGUCUGGGUUCUCGACGCACCGGAAAGGAUGAAAGUAUCCUAGACAAGAUUGCUAUCUGCCUCAAUUUCUGAUUGUGUGAUAACGGUGAGAACGACCGCGACACAAAGCAAAAAGUAAAAGAGCGCUGCUGCACUACUUCAUACAGCUGUACCAGGAUAAAAUCAAGGACCACAAGCAUGUUGAUCGGAAAUUGACGGCGAUUGUAAUUUUUGCUAGUGCAUAUAGAGGGAAACCGUUCCAAGUCAGGCUUACGCACGACCCCAACAUGCCCGAUUCGGAACUACUCGAGAAACACUUGGGUUUUUUUGUCGACCGGGCAGGAGACCCCAGAAGUCCGCGUGCAGCAGAGCCCCUGUCGCGGUGGCAGCGACUCUUCCUGUUUGAAGUCAUUUUGCAGAGUGCCGUAAUGGGUAGAACGGAGCGGGUUCAAGGUGGACCCACAACAUAUUCGUCCACUGGCUCGUCCGUUGUUGCAACUUACAAGUCUGACGGCACGCUGGUCCAUAAGGUGAGACAAGUUGGCCGCCGAGUCCGCGGCCUGGCGGGCCUCUUCUCGGUUGCUGAAAGGGGAAAGAAAUGGCGAACGAACACUAACGUGGAUGCAUUCGUGAUGGAUUUCUUGACUUUGAGUGGAUACGCAUUUCGUCAGCCUCGUUUGUACGACUUGGUGCCGCGCGAACGAUAUUGGCGGGAUGAGCGGGAUUCGCACAGAGUCGUCAUCCGUCCAGAACAGGCCGCAACUGCCAUCACGAGUUACGCAUGUGCGCGUGUACCUCUCUUGAACCUUCACUUAGUGACGAAAAAACUCUUUGAGGACCGUACUGGGAUUCCAUCUGCAAGAGUCCUAGGAUUCCUUACUGGGUAAGUAGCAUCAUCAUCAUGUUUGAUCACCAGCACACGACGAAUCGGAAUUAUCGCGGGCGACGAGGGGCGGCACGCUGGACGACCCACGAGUCGACUCGCAGACAGGUUUCGAGCUAGUAUCUAUCCUUUCGUUCUUACGACGAUAUAUAGUACUUGCCUUUUGAUAAUUUUGUCCAAAAUUAGUAAUGUAUGAAAGUUGAAGUGCCAGAAGCUGUGACCGAGACAAACAUCAAGACGUUACGGUAUCAGCUUCUCGCUAUUUUUGCAGACCCAGCACUUCUACAAAUUUGCGAAGCAGAAAAGAAAACCCUCUCGACUCUAGUAGUAUUUUUCCGACAGUGUAUAAUGUACUAGUUUAUAAUUCAUCUUGAUGUAUAAUUUGUACUAGUAGUAUUUUGACGUAAUUGACAGAAGUUGUACUAGUAGUAUUUUUUUUUGUGAAAGAAGUGCACGCAGGUGAGAAGUCGACUAGAAAUGCACUGAACAGGCACUCUGAAAAUUUUGUUUUUGCCAACAGUUAUUUUUGUACGAAGGCGCACGAAGCACGCACGUACAGCAGAACGGAAGCCACACUAGCUAUGAUUCUAUAUCAGCAGAAUCAGAAAUAUUCUCAGUUCGCUACGCUACUGUGCAAUUUUUCAAACUCCCCUUUGAGAUUUUAGUUUUCCGCAGAUUUUAGUUUUCGACCCUCUACACUGUUGAAUCCAGCACGACACUGCAUCUAUGUACAAUGUAUGAUAUGACACACACCUCCGAUGAUCUAACAUUCACUACCCUUCGAAUUAUACUACCGAUCGCCGACAGCAACAUCUGACAACAAACAGAUGAGCGACGCAUAGCAACUAGUAGGAACAACUCUCGUUAAAGGCAGCUAGAAAUCCCCCAGCAAAAACCAGGAAUCGCACGUGUAAGAUGAUCUGCUCUUCCACCUGAGCUAUGUAUAAUUUGGUCCACGAAUAAUUGUGAAAAGACAUAUUUUUACAGCUCCCGCUUUUGCGAUCGACUGAC